GAGGAGAUGUCUUUUGUCUCUAAGAUCUUGUGGUUUCUUUAGCAGAGGAAAUUGCCCAUUUAUUCUUGGCAGAAAUUCACCCAGUUAUUGUCAGCAUGUUGCAGUUGACUGCUGCCCUCCAUCUGAGAGAUGAUGGAACACUAUUCCAUACAGCCAACUGCUACCCUCAGUUAUUCUCCCAAGAGCCCGUUUUGAGCUUUCCAGCCAAAAUUUGGCUUAUAGAACUUGAUCCUGCAAAUCCUUACUCUCUCUUUCCAGUGUGAGUCACUAGAAGUUCAAGGUUGUUCCUCCACAGCAGUCAAAGCUCUUUAAUUAACCUGUUUUGACCCGAAAAACACCUCGUCAAUAUUCAGGACUUUGGCAGGUUGUUUCUGUUAAGAAGAGAACUACGAGUCAAAUAUUUCUUUGGUGUCAUCCUGUUUAUUUACAAAGAACGGACACAACACCCUGUUUCUCUAAACACAAUAAAAACAAACAAUAGCAGGCAGUUUCCUUUCUCGGAAAUGCUGGUCUGCUUUUCCCUCAAGUACUGUGUCCAAAAGAACCCUCUGUCUCUUGGCUUUGUCUCAGGGCCAUGCUGACCACAGCCUCUCUUGCUUUUUGCCUUUCACACAUGCACACAGCCGCAACCCUAGUCUGUGUUUGCAUCUUUUCCAAGGAAAUGCAUAGAGUGUAGCUUCUGAUCUUCCCUCCUAUGCAGCCCAUUAUCAAUGGGAUCUGGCUUCCUACCAUUUCCAGUAAUCAUUACCCAAAAGGGCAUUUCAUUGUUCUUCCAUUUGACCUGAAAUAAGGGUGUCUAGCCAAUCCAUCAGCUUUACUUAAGCCUGCAACUGUGCAUAAAGCACACAACAGCCAGCAUAGCAUGUGUCUUUCUCCCCUCAAGGUAUUAGGCAUGCCACGCUGUUUUCUUGCAGCUCGAGCAUCAAAAACUGUGCGGGAUCUCAAGUCUCAAACUAGAGCAGUUUAGGGCAAAACUAAACAAACUUAAGGCUUGUGGGAGAAUUGUCAAUUGGGAUUCGGUGCAAUUGUUUUUCUUGUUGCAACGUUUAGAACAGCCUCUGCGGUGUCGGUUUGGAAGGUUUUCUUUGCAACCAAAGACCUAGGAACAUUUUCUAAAAAUAAAGUUUAGAUUCUGAAGAUUCAAGGCAAAAGGGGACAAAAACUACCAUAAUGAAGCCAGCUGUCAAGCGGUGAUAGGAUCAUUGAAAGAGAUUUUCUGCAGUCCAGGGAAUCAUGCAACAAAAUGCUUCACUGCAAAAGACCAGCAUUGUGAGCAUGGUGUAUACGCAGUCGGAAAUCCUUCAGAAGGAAGUUUACCUCUUUGAGCGGAUUGAUUCUUUGAACAGAGAGACCAUGAAACACUUGAAAGCAAUCUGUUUUUUGCGACCAACAAAGGAGAAUGUGGAAUACCUCAUUCAGGAGCUGCGGCGGCCGAAAUAUAACAUCUAUUAUAUUUACUUCAGUAACGUGAUCAGUAAGAGCGAUGUGAAGUCACUGGCGGAGGCUGACGAGCAGGAAGUUGUGGCUGAAGUUCAAGAAUUCUAUGGAGAUUACAUUGCUGUGAAUCCACACGUGUUUUCCCUCAACCUCCUGGGCUGCUGCCAGGGUCGCAGCUGGGAUCUGGCCCAGCUGUCCAGAACAGCCCAAGGGCUGACCGCCUUGCUUCUGUCUCUGAAGAAGUGUCCCAUGAUUCGCUACCAGCUCUCUUCUGAUCCUGCAAAGAGGCUCGCUGAAUGUGUCAAGCAAGUGAUUACUAAAGAAUACGAGCUGUUUGAUUUCCGGCGCACUGAAGUUCCUCCAUUGCUGCUUAUUCUGGACCGGUCCGAUGAUGCCAUCACCCCACUUCUGAACCAGUGGACGUACCAGGCCAUGGUACACGAGCUGCUGGGGAUUAAUAACAACCGAAUCGACCUCUCCCGAGUACCCGGCAUCAGCAAGGAUCUCAGGGAGGUGGUUCUUUCUGCUGAGAACGACGAGUUUUAUGCCAACAACAUGUACCUGAACUUCGCUGAGAUUGGCAGCAAUAUCAAGAACCUAAUGGAAGAUUUCCAGCGCAGGAAGCCGAAAGAGCAGCAGAAGCUGGAGUCCAUAGCUGACAUGAAGGCAUUUGUGGAGAACUACCCCCAGUUCAAGAAGAUGUCGGGCACCGUAUCGAAGCACGUGACUGUGGUGGGCGAGCUCUCCCGGCUGGUCGGCGAACGGAACCUGCUGGAGGUGUCCGAGGUGGAGCAGGAACUGGCCUGCCAGAAUGACCACUCCAAUGCGCACCAGAACGUGCGGCGGCUCCUGCAGAACCCCCGGGUGACUGAGUUCGAUGCCACGCGGCUGGUGAUGCUCUACGCACUGCACUAUGAGCGGCACAGCAGCAACAGCCUGCCCGGGCUGCUGAUGGACCUCAAGAACAAAGGGGUGUCAGAGAAAUAUCGGAAGCUGGUGUCAGCAGUGGUGGAAUAUGGUGGGAAGCGGGUCCGGGUUAGUGAUCUCUUCAGCCCCAAAGAUGCCGUGGCGAUCACCAAACAGUUUCUCAAAGGACUCAAGGGAGUCGAGAACGUGUAUACGCAGCACCAGCCCUUGCUGCAUGAGACGUUAGAUCAGCUCAUCAAAGGAAAACUCAAGGAUGGCCAGUACCCCUACCUGGGCCCCAGCACACUCCGGGACAGGCCUCAAGACAUUAUUGUGUUUAUCAUUGGAGGAGCAACGUAUGAAGAGGCGUUAACUGUCUACAACCUUAACCGCACCACCCCUGGCGUCCGGAUCGUAUUAGGUGGGACCACCAUCCACAACACAAAAAGCUUCCUGGAGGAAAUCUCCGCGUCCGGCUUCCGUGGCCGGGGCCCCGAGACCGUUCAAGCGGCAGCGAGGUCGAGCAGCAGGCGGUGAAUGGGGGGGGCGCCACCCACUCCCUCCCCCCCCAAUGCUCCCAGACGGACCAUGGCAGGUUGGGCCUCCACUGGGCUCGUCUGCUUCCUUCGGUUCUGGGAUCCGUCACGUGCAGGAGAGUCAACGCGCAAGCUGCCCUCCGCCUCGCCGCCCCAGAUCUCCGCCUCCUCAGCGCCCCCCCGGCUCGGCGCUUGAACGGGGCGAGGCAGCACCACAGGAAGGGGACGCAGUCGUGGAUCCAGGCAGAACGUAACCCCCGCUCGAAGGGGCGGAGCUCCCCCGGCCUGAGGACGUGUGGGUGCCCAGCGCCUUUGAAAAUCCAGCUGCUUCUGUCUCUUCAUACACGCGACUGGCCUGCCCAGAAUCCCCAGCUCCCUGUGUGCGGGUCCCUCUGCGGUAAAGGCAGGGGGGGCUCUCGCAGCCUCUGUCUUGGUGUAAUCGUCUCUGGUCCCUUUGAGGAUCUGGGCCUGUAUGUUCGGAAGCUCAUUAAAAGUCCCUCUGACCAAC